AACAUCGUAAUGGCGCCAUCUCUCGAAAAAUCUACGCAACUGGACGUUAAGAUGGCACAUCUAAUUUCGCGAAUCAUCUAAAGAUGUGAGCACCUUGACGACAAAAGCAGCGCCACAUCGACGCGUGAGAGACAGCGAAAUUACUUCCUUUUUCUUUUCCUGCAUACGACUCGUAUGAUGUUCGUACGAUAAUAUAGUGUGGUUAUGUAGUGUUUUGUACAUCGCUUUUAUAUAUUGCAUUAGCAACGAAUUCUACUGUUGAUCGUUACGUCGAUGUGUUUAUGACGCGAUAAAAUGGCACCUACCAUACAAACCAACAGCAAUCAAACGGACAGAGAUAAACGACCGGUUAGACCAGCGGAGAAGCGAUCCGAGCUCAUAUGCAGAGUUAAAUAUUGCAACACGUUGCCAGACAUCCCGUUUGAUCCGAAAUUUAUAACAUAUCCCUUCGAACCGACCAGGUUUAUUCAGUAUAAUCCGACCUCGUUAGAGCGCAAUUAUAAGUAUGAAGUAUUGACGGAACACGAUUUAGGUGUGGAGAUUGAUUUGAUAAAUAAGGAUACAUAUGCGGGCGAUCCUAAUGCUCAAUUGGAUCCAGCUGAUGAAAAGUUGCUGGAGGAAGAUGUUCUUACGCCGCAAGAUUCUAAACGAUCUCGUCAUCAUGCCAGGAGCGUUUCCUGGUUGCGGCGCACAGAAUAUAUUUCUACAGAGAGUACCAGAUUUCAGCCUCAGACAGCAGACAAAGUUGAAGCCAAAGUUGGUUACAGUAUCAAGAAGAACUUUAAGGAGGAAACACUGUACAUGGAUCGCGACAGUCAAAUAAAAGCCAUAGAGAAGACAUUCGAAGACAAUAAAAAGCCAAUUGAAAGACACUACAGUAAACCAAAUGUAGUACCUGUAGAAAUUCUGCCAGUAUAUCCAGACUUUAAGUUAUGGAAAUAUCCAUGCGCACAAGUCAUAUUUGAUUCUGAUCCUGCACCAACUGGUCGAUCUGUACCCGCACAGAUUGAAGAAAUGUCACAAGCUAUGAUACGAGGUGUAAUGGACGAAAGUGGCGAACAGUUUGUAGCUUACUUUUUGCCGUUGGAAGAAACGUUGGAGAAGCGUCGUCGAGAUUUCACUGCUGGUAUUGAUUACGCCGACGAAGAGGAAUACGAAUACAAAAUGGCGAGAGAGUAUAAUUGGAACGUCAAAAGUAAAGCUUCGAAAGGAUACGAGGAGAAUUAUUUCCUUGUGAUAAGACAAGACGGGGUUUACUACAAUGAACUGGAGACACGUGUGCGACUGAGCAAACGACGACAAAAGGUCGGACAACAACCAAACAAUACGCGCCUGAUAGUGCGUCAUCGACCGCUGAACGCCAACGAAUUCAGAAUGCAGAGAUAUCGCGAAAAACAAUUAGAGCCGCCGGGAGAGGAGGAUGAAGAUGAAGAGGAAGAAGAGGAAGAGGAGCAGGAAACUCAACAAGAGAAAGCAGACGAGAAAGAUAUACCAGUUAAAGGUUCUGAAGCGGAAAAUGAAGGAGAAUCACGUGCAUCGUCGAGAGCGUCCUCACGGGCAUCCAGCAGAAAAUCACGAUCUCGCUCGCGAUCUCGUUCCGGUUCGAGAUCGAGAUCAGGAUCAAGAUCCAGAUCCAGAUCAAGAUCAAGAUCGAGGUCGAGAUCGAAGUCAAAAUCGCGUUCACGUUCACCUUCACGUUCACGUUCACGUUCACGAUCACGAUCACGUUCACGUUCACGUUCACGAUCACGAUCACGAUCACGAUCACGAUCACGAUCACGAUCACGAUCACCAUCCAAAUCUAGAUCACGGUCUCGAUCACGCUCACAUUCUCAGUCGCGUUCGCCAUCUAAAUCGCGAUCUCGGUCCGGCAGUCCUCAAUCGAGGAAUACAUCAAGAUCUAGAUCCAAGUCAAGAUCGCGCUCGGGAACGCCUGCGAAGUCACCGUCGAGAUCCCGAUCGAGUUCGCGUUCCAAGUCCAGAUCGCGAUCAAGAUCGAGAUCCGGUACUGGUAGCGGAAGCGGCUCUGCAAGCGCGAGCGGCGAAAGCGGCUCUGAGAGUGAAUGAAUCGAAAAACGUGAUCGAUAAUACCCGUUUAAUUUUAACAUUGUCAUCUCUCGAUCUGGAUUAUUAUAUUUCAACGAAUAUUUGUUUAUAUUAUUGUAAAUUAAAAAUAUUCCGAAGAGCAGUUUCGAAUAUCAGAAUAGAAUCACAAUCAGAAAGCAAUUCUUUGACAGUAAUUAUAUAUGAAUAAUUAUAGAGUGUACGAGUGCGUUCAGCGGCAGGAUUAAAGAAAUAAUAAAUUUAUAUAAGGAAAGUAUAUAUGUAAUGUGUUGUAUAUGUGUAUAUACUUACGUCAAUACUUAAAUAUUGAUUGAAAUUGAUCUUGCGAUAAUCCUGUGUGAUAGCGUAUAUUACAUUUUAUAAUUUUUAUGACAUUUGGCGAUAAACAUGUUGGAGCAAAA